AUGAACAUUAAAAGACCAUCUCAACCUCCUCCUCCUUCAAUCCCUGAUGGAUGGUUAGCCGUAUGGGACGAAGAAUAUCAAUGUUACUUUUAUGUCAAUAAAUAUACAAAUGAAUCAACUUGGGAGUUACCAACACGAGUCCCUCCACAACAUCCUCCUCAAACACAAACAAGAUCACAAUCCCAAGAACAAUACUACCCAGCCAAUACUCAACAAGUGCAACAAAUACCACAACAAGUACAGCAAGUACCCCAACAAGUGCAACAACAACCUCAAGUCCAAACUACCCCUGUUCAAACUGGUCCAAGUAAGGGUUCAAUGGUGGCUGCUGGUGCUGGUCUCUUUGCUCUUGGUUCGCUCAGUGGAAGACGUCGUCGUCCAGUUGCUGUUGUUCCAGUCGGUGUCAGACCUGGCCGAAGAAGAUUCUAA